AGCACUCAUGACUGUCGCUUUGUGCUGCUCUCUGUCUUAUGGACUCUGUUUUUACCUGCAAAAGCGCUUAAGAAAUCAACACGUCACAGAUGAGAGCUGAUCUUUGAAGGUCUACCUGAUGCAAGGCAACCUGGUUAGAGAAAUCCAAGUUCUUUUCAUUAUAGGAAACAAAGGUUGCCAGAUCUUGUUGAGGUUUGUGUGCCGGUUAAUGUAUAGAAGAAAAAGGGUGAAACUUGAAGACGAAACUGAAGGUAGUUGGAAAAGUUUUGCAGCUGUCAGAAUGACUGCAGUCAAUGACAUCUCAGACAGCACAGAGAUUGUGGAAAUGGAUGACGUUCCAUCCCAGUUUUUUGUGGAGAAGCACUCGUGGGAUGGCUUACGUGACAUCAUUCACGGCAGCCGCAAGUACUCUGGAAUGAUCAUAAACAAGGCGCCGCACGACUUCCAGUUUGUUCAGAAGCACGAUGAAUCUGGCCCUCACUCGCAUCGCCUCUACUACCUAGGAAUGCCCUAUGGGAGCAGAGAAAACUCACUACUGUACUCUGAAAUUCCAAAAAAAAUACGAAAAGAAGCCCUCUUGGUGUUAUCAUGGAAACAGAUGUUAGAUCACUUUCAGGCAACUCCGUAUCAUGGUGUGUAUUCCCGUGAGGAGGAACUUCUCCGUGAGAGGAAGCGUCUGGGGGUGUUUGGCAUCACUUCCUAUGACUAUCACCCACAAAGCGGCCUUUUCCUCUUCCAAGCAAGCAACAGCCUUUUCUAUUGCCGUGAUGGCGGCCAUAACGGUUUCAUUCAGGCCGCCCCAGUGAAGCCAGUGGAAAUAAAGACUCAGUGCUCAGGGAUACGCAUGGACCCCAAGAUCUCGCCCGGUGACCCCAGUUUCAUUGCCUUCAUUAAUAAUAACGAUCUGUGGGUGGCGAAUAUCGAAACUGGAGAGGAGCGAAGACUGACUUUCUGUCAUAAAGGGUUAAAUAACGUCAAGGAUGACCCAAAAUCUGCUGGUGUCGCAACGUUUGUGAUUCAGGAAGAGUUUGAUCGCUUCACAGGAUACUGGUGGUCUCCGGCUGCUCCUAAAGACACGGAUGGAUGCAGAACGCUGCAGUUGCUGUAUGAGGAAGUUGAUGAGUCAGAAGUGGAGAUUAUUCAUGUGCCCUCACCAGCCCUGGAGGAGCGGAAGGCAGAUGUGUACAGAUAUCCCCGCACCGGGAGUAAAAACCCUCAAAUUAGCUUGAAAAUAGCAGAGAUUCGAACUGACCAGCAUGGGAAGAUUGUUAGCACACAAAACAAAGAGCUUGUUCUCCCAUUCACAACACUGUUUCCUGGGGUUGAGUACAUCGCUAGAGCUGGAUGGACAAGAGAUGGCAAAUUUGCUUGGGCAGUGUUACUGGACCGCAGUCAACAGAAGCUGCAGUUAGUGCUGUUACCGCCCGCGCUCUUUAUACCUGUGGGUGUGGAUGACCCACAGUGGGAGGAGCAUGUGGAUGCCAUGCCUGAGGGAGUGCAGCCCUUCAUCAUCUAUGAUGAGCUCACUGACAUCUGGAUCAAUGUCCAUGAUAUCUUCUACCCCUUCAUACAAACAACUAAUGACAAGAUCACAUUCCUGUGGGUGAAUGAGUCACAAACGGGCUUCUGCCAUUUGUACAGAAUAACCAGCCUGUUACAGUCCAGCUGCCAGCAGUGGUCCAGAGAAUACAGCACUUCAGAAGAUGAUUUCAAAUGCCCGAUAGAGGAGGAGGUGGCUUUAACCAGUGGAGAGUGGGAAGUGUUGGCCAGACACGGCUCAAAGAUCUGGGUAAAUGAAGAUACCAAGCUAGUUUACUUCCAGGGCACAAAAGACACUCCCCUGGAACACCAUCUGUACGUCGUGAGCUACGAAUCUCCUGGGGAAAUCGUCAGACUUACGAAGCAGGGCUUUUCUCAUAGCUGCUCUGUUAGCCAGAACUUUGACAUGUUCAUUAGCCACUACAGUAAUGUCAGCACCCCGGCGUGUGUUCACGUCUACAAACUGAUGGGCUCUGACAGCGACCCCCUACACAAAGAGCCAGAGUUCUGGGCGAGUAUGAUGGAGGCCACAGGUUGUCCAGCUGAUUAUGUUCCUCCAGAGAUCUUUAGCUUCCCUGCUGAGUCUGGCUUUAGACUGUAUGGAAUGCUGUACAAACCACAUAACCUGAAACCAGGAAAAAAAUACCCCACUAUCCUGUUUGUGUACGGAGGUCCACAGGUGCAGUUAGUAAACAACUCCUACAAGGGUGUGAAGUACCUGCGUCUGAACACACUAGCAUCUCUGGGUUAUGCAGUGGUGGUCAUUGAUGGAAGAGGGUCAUGCCAAAGAGGCCUCAAGUUUGAAGGGGCCUUAAAAAACAAAAUGGGUCAGGUAGAGAUUGAAGAUCAGGUGGAGGGGCUUCAGUUUGUGGCAGAGAAGUACAAGUUCAUAGACUUGAGUCGUGUUGCUAUCCAUGGCUGGUCUUACGGUGGAUUCCUCUCUCUCAUGGGUCUCAUUCACAGGCCAAACAUCUUCAAGGUGGCUAUAGCAGGAGCUCCUGUGACGGUGUGGAUGGCAUACGAUACUGGCUACACUGAACGCUACAUGGACGUGCCUGAAAAUAACCAGCAAGGCUAUGAGGCAGGAUCUGUGGCGCUGCAUGUCGACAAACUCCCCAAUGAGCCAAACCGGUUACUUAUUUUACAUGGGUUCCUCGAUGAAAAUGUGCACUUUUUCCACACCAACUUCUUAGUGUCUCAACUUAUCCGUGCAGGAAAGCCAUAUCAGCUACAGAUCUACCCCAAUGAGAGACACAGCAUCCGCUGUCCAGAGUCUGGAGAGCAUUAUGAGAUCAUGCUACUGUACUUCCUCCAGCAGCACCUCUGAUGAGGACCUCCUCUAUUCACAACUCCUCCUCCCCUGACCCGCCUUCUGCUCUCAUGCACUCUUUCUGGAAAGAGUGUCUUUGCAACAGCCACAUACAGACUCGAUGUCCCCCAGCAUAAUGUCAUUUGUGCAUGUCACCACACUUUUAACAGGAACAACACAUCCAACAAAUGGAGAAGAGGCUGUUAACUCAUUAACCUCAUUAAACCUUUUUAUUUUAUUUCAAAUGAUGUGCCACAGAUAGGUGACAUUCUUUUCCUACUCCCCUUAAACACUUAUUAAGCUGCCAAAAUGUGUCUUUUAUUUUUAAAAUUUCUAGUUAGUGGCUCUAUCAGAACACAGAGACUGGAUUUCUACAGGCACAUACAGACAUGCUCUUAUCCUGUUAACCGGUCAUUUAACUUAAGCUUCUUCUGUUCUAUGAGUGCAGUCGUGUUUCGGUCCAACAUGAAUUCCAGCGUCACUGUUAGCCACGCAAGUGUGGCUCUCACACAAGGACACCUCACACUACUACCUGCAGUUUUAAGUGUGUAUUAAAGGAACAUAUUUUUUAUGA